UGUGAAAGAACGUUGAAGAAGGGAUGGACAGUCGUUCAGGAUAAAGACAGAAGAAUCGGCCCUUAUGCCUACAAAGAUGAUCAGUGGGUGAGCUUCGACGACGCUCAACAAAUCAAACUGAAGGCAGAACUGAUCAAGAAACUUGGUCUCGGCGGUGGUAUGGUUUGGGCCUUAGAUCUGGACGACUUCAAAAACAAAUGCGGCUGCGAGCCUAGUCCGCUAUUGAGAACAAUGAAUCGAGUUUUAAGGAAUUAUCCGAAGGGCCCGCUGUGUCCCAUUACAGAAGGAGCGGUUGUAAUCGACGUCAGCCAAACCGACAUCGAAUCCAUAACUACCACAAAACGUCCAAUAUACGAAUCCACUACAUCAUCAAGACCAAUAUAAGGGGAGACCGGGGCACUAUAAGCCACAAGAAUUCAAACUCUGAAAAGUACUUUUAAAUAUAAGAUUUUUUGUCUCAUUUUUUUUUAAUAAUUAAAGCACUAUAUUUUAAAAUUUA